UCAGACACUGUGUCAGCUCGGUUGCCGUGGCAGCAGUAUUGUGAGGAAGGAGCUUGUAUGAAGCGUCGCUGUGUUCCUCUGAGAGGAGACCACAACCUGCUGACCCCCGACACACACACACUGUCGGGGGUCAGGAACUGUCCUGUCAUCCAGGUGAGGUUGGAAGGCGUGGCCUCUCAUUCAGGACACCAGAGUGACUUGUCCAGCAGUAAAUCAGCUGUGGGGUCAACAAGGCGACGCCCAGCGUCUUCGACUCGUCGUCUGAGAUUCGAAGAUGAGACGGCGACAGAGGCGGAGUCUCGUUACCAGGAAAGACAGCAGCAGAGAAGAUGGGCGGGGCAGCAGGGGACAGGUGUCUUGGUCUCCAGACUGAACCUGAACCUGUACGUCAGUGGUCAGACGGGGCCACCUGUACCUGAUGACAGGGGGCGGAGCCUGUGUCGGCCCCAUGUGAACCUGAGGACUGAGCCAAUCAGAGAGACCUACAUUGGCCCUGUCACACCUCAGAACAAAUCCCCCUGGGGAGGGGGCGGGGCUGAGCGUGUCUCCAACAUUCAGAUGAGGAGUAGAACCAAUGCGGGCACACCCACCACAGACCUGCCAAUCAACCCUUAUGCUCCUGACCAACUGACCACGCCUGCCUUCAUAUGUCCCUCCCCGUCCUCUCCUCCUCUUGUGAUAUCAGUGAUGACGUCACAGAGUGUCAGGCUCAACGGUUCAGAGGAAGAACAGGAUCUGAACCACGACCAGGAUACUCAGGGGAGACCAGAGGGAGUCGAGCCCAACAAAGAGCUCCAAUCUGUGGCAGAGCUGAGAGACCAGAGUCCCUGUGUGGAGGUGGAGGAGGGAGGAGGGAUUCGAAGGAUGAAGAACUCUUCUUCUUCCUCUUCUUCCUCUUCUUCUUCCUCUUCUUCAGGGACAAGCUCAGACGCAACAGCUGAGAGACCAGCUCCACCCAUCCCAGAGAGCAGCAGUGAUGGACAGGUCAACCAGCCAAUAAGAACAAAGCUCUACACUUCACUUCCUGAACAAUUCAGCAGCAGAGAAGAACCUUCUCGGCUUUCUCUGCGUCGUCUUCUCUCCAGCGUCAGACUCAGCAGGACUCGAACUAGCAGCCUGGAUCGACACAGCAUCAGGUCCCGCCCCUCAGCAUUAGACCCCGCCCCCUCCAGUUUGCUGAAGAAAUGUCCGUCAUCUCAGUCACUGAGUGUGCAGGGGUCGCCCUUCUUCCAGUUAAGGAAGGUGUUGUCAGUUCAGAGUGUUGUCCCCGAGCAGAAGAAGAGAGAUCGUGACUACAGACCAGCUGCCGACACAUAACUCACCUGUUUAAAGAUCAAUUCUUCAGAGGCCAUAACCAUGAAGCCAGAAAAGUUGGUAUCACUAUGGUAGUUACAGAAGACCUCCAUCGCAACCCAUGCAGCAAGUUUACUUCAACAGUUCAACUACUGACCAAUCAAAUGUAGAUGAGUGAAACUGAAUUUACCUGCACGUCACAUGAUGAGCAGGGGAUGUCACUUCCUGGUCCAGGCCCCAAAGAGACAACCAAUCACGUUGGAGUAAUACUGUGACAGCCAAUCACAUCUUCAGUUUCACUCUCAGGUUCCUGCAGCAAUGUUUGAGCAUCGAGGACGUCGAUCGUCCAUGUUCUUUACGUUCUGUCGGUCGAGUUCUUGAUGUCAAUUCUGAUGGAACGUUUCUGUUUGAACUGAAUCGACCAAGGAACCGACGUACGGAUUCAUCAUCAGCCAAAGAUGAGGAUGCCGUGACUCGGGUGUUUACGUGGGUGACAUGGAGGCCUCCUUUCGGUCAAAGACGAGAUCCUGGAGGUGAAGGUGGAGAAGGUGGCGUGUCUCAGUCUGGAUCAGGUGACCCACCUGUUCACCAUGAACCUGUCUGCAACUGUUCGGGUCCUCCAACACAUGAGGACAAUUUGGAGGCGUUGGCAGCGCCACCUACAUUACUACAACUGAACUACAGCACCUGAACUCAGCUUCUUUACCAAAGCACACCUGUGGCACCUGGUCCAAUCAGAACACUGAACCUGAUGAUGCCAUUCACAGUUUGUUUUAAUUAAGAUUCUCAGAACAAAAAAUCUGAACAAAGAAUCUAAACAAAAAAUAUAACUAAGUUCAAAGAGAAAAAAUAAAGUUCAGCUUCAGUUUAUUAAGUUUGAAAACUUAUCAAAGUGAUUUUCAAUUCAUUGUUUAUAUUAAUUAACGUUACGUGUUAUGUUACAUUAUUUGAUGUUAUUACAUGUUAAUUAACUAUAUUUGAUGCUAAUUAAUGUUAAUGUUGAUUAAAGACGUCAGUUGUGCUUCCUGUUCUUUAAUAGCAGGUUAUUAGAACUUUACAGUUUUUAAACUGUGAUUCUAAAAAUCAAUCACAGUUUAACUUUAAAUACAAUAAAAUCUUCUGAUAUUCCGACAUCUUCAUCAUCACCAUCAUUUCAGAUGAACCUGAAACUAAAUGAGACAGAAACUGCUGAUUAUUAAAGAACAAUUUUUUUUUAAAUUUAUGAGUCAGCAACUUUAAUUUUAAACAGAAUAAAAAUGAGUUUUUUUAUGAUGAGUCAUUGUUUGAUGACUUUUAUUCACACAGGAAACAGGAAGCUGACUUUCCUGCCACUUGUACCAUAAACCUGAUGAUGUGGAACCAGGCUUCGAAUAACUAACACAACCUCCUCUGAAAACCUUCUGAGACGCUUAAAAGCGCCCAAAAAUGUCUGAACAAAACAGCAGCGAACCAGGUUCUGAACCUGGGCCUGAACCUGCCUCUGAACCAAGGUCUGAACUUGCAGCAGUGAACCAGGGUCUGAACCUGGGCCUGAAUCAAGGUCUGAACCUGCAGCAGUGAACCUGGGCCUGAACCUGCCUCUGAACCAAGGUCUGAACCUGCAGCAGUGAACCUGGGCCUGAACCUGCAGCAGUGAACCAGGGUCUGAACCAGGGUCUGAACCAGGAUCUGAACUUGGUGAUGCAUCAUUAACCUUCAAUUGGUCAAGGAAGCAAUGGACUGAGUGGAAAACAGGAAAACGUGGCUCUUCGCUCUUCUUUUGGACCUUUUCUGUUUUUUUGUUGGAAUCCACAGACAGAAGUGAAAUGUCAGGAGGGUUAAGGGACAGUCAACAACACAGAGGGACAGACAGAGAUUUUAUUUUGUAGUAGUUAAAAACAAGUUUGCGAAAUAAUGCUCAGCAGUUUUUGUUCAGGUGAUGUAUUGUUCCUGAAGGAGUGUGUAUGAGAAGCACAAAGCUGUAACCUGUGUCCUCCUGCUUUAAUGAUUUGGUUUUUGUUUGCUCUGAUUAAAUGAAUUCCUUAAAUCUUA